AUGUCGUCAUCAUGUCUGAGGGAAUGUGUUGAAGAUGAGGAGGAGGAGGAGGAGUUCACACCCCUCCACAAGGCUCGGCUACAUGAGCCUACUGCUGUACGGGGCGUGGGAGUGGCUGAUGAUAUUGGCGGUAGGCCUGACAUGGAGGACUCCUUUGUGUUCGUGGAUGGAUUUGGCGGCAAGAGGAGCUCGGCAUUCAUGGCGAUAUACGAUGGGCAUGGUGGGAGGCGAUGUGUUGAUUUUGUAUGCAAACGGUUACACCAGAAGUUGCUGGAAAAUUUGACGCUAGAGCCCCCUCCAGAGCAGGAAGAAGUGGAGAAGGGCUCAACCUUGGGUGCGUCUAUUCCUGUUCGGCGACGAUAUAUGUACGCCACGGAGGCUCUUGUUAAUGCCUAUACUCAGACUGACGAGGCAUUUCGGAAUGAGCUGCAGUCGUUGGAAGGCGGAUGCACUGCUGUGACCUGUCUAUUGCAAUAUGAGUUUGGUGGAGAUAGGACUAUUUAUUGUGCUCAUGUUGGAGACUCAAGAGCUGUACUGUGCAGAGGACGGAAGGCACUACGACUGACUAGUGCUAGUGAUCAUAAGGCUACUGACCCAGUAGAAGUGGCACGAAUUACUCAAAAAGGAGGUAUAGUGGUGAAUGACAGAGUUAAUGGAAUGCUGGCAAUAGCCAGGGCCUUGGGAGACUUCCGCUUGAAACGAACGAUAUCAGCCCAGAUGGUGGCGCGGGCGGCGGAGGCUCGAGAGAAGGGCGAGGAACUCCCUCCAAUUCUUGGUAACGUUACUGAUAUAGUAUCUAACAUACCGGAUGUGUCCAGUAUUGUCCUUAAGGAGACACUGGACCACUUCUUGAUACUGGCUUGUGAUGGGGUAUGGGACGUCGUAUCGGAUCAGGAGGCGGUUGAUCUGAUAUUGGAGGUCUUAUCGAAGCUCACCCAAGCUCAGCUGUCCAUGGCAAAGAAUGAGCAAAAGAAAUGUCCUCUGCGAUGCGGAAAUGUGGCUCAGAUAGCAGCCACGGCGCUGGUAGAGGAAGCCUUGAGUCGUGGUAGCAUGGAUAACGUUACUGUGAUGAUAGUACUAUUGUAA